AGCACGGCUACACAAAAUGAUUACGAAACUACAGCAAUGUUUACUAAAAUUUACCGCGGCGCGAACAUGCAGUUCAAAUGUUGACGUCAUGGAAUUCUCGCGUUCUUCAGUUAAUGGCAAAUUUGAGGUCUUUUUUCUACUGCGAUACUCAGUGUUGAUCUGGCUUCGUGUUGAUCAACUUUCUCUGUUAUAACUUUGCGAACAUUUUUUUGUGAUAGUUAAACAUAGAUGGCGCUCGUAAUCUUCUCGGCUGUUACUAGAGCGCGGAUGCGUAUGCUUACAAAAUUAAUCACCAGUAUUACGGCAUUCUGUUGUUCAUACAAUUUUAAUUUCUGUCGAAUCUGCAUGGAAAUUACGAUACAUUUAUAGUGAAACAAACAUUUUUCGCGUAGACUCCUUAUCCUCGCAGAGAUGCCACACCAUCUGAGGUGCGAUUGUUCGAAAAUCGGGAUUACCAAGAAUGGCGGCUAAUCCAAAAAAAAUUUCCGUCGUUUAUUACCGCGCUUUCAUUAAAUAUUAUAGCUGAACGCACAAUUUGUGACGCCGUACCUGCGAUGAGGAGUUAGUGCAAUAUAUAUCGUGUGCUGAUUGAUUCGAUUAUUUGCGUCUACAAUAAACGAGUGAACAGAAUAUCAUCUCACAAUGAGUAAGGGGUCAAGGAAAGGUGGUGGGUCCAGCCACCACCAGCAGCAGCAGGAGGACACGGAUGUAAACAGCGCGCGAAGCAAGCUUGGUGACGUCCUGCUCAACCUGGUGCUGAAGAAAGAAGACGAACCGUCACCGCGAUCCGACGUUGCCGACGACGACGACGAUGCUGCGGCGGCGAUGCGGCAGACGCUUGACGCGGGGGCGUCCUCGGUGAAGGUGACGUCACCACUCACGUCCCCGACGAAGAGAUGUGCCCCCGGCAGCCGAUCGGCGAGGAAGAAGAGGAAGAAAGAGCAGACGCAACACGACAGCUACCAUCACACCUACGUCAUGAAGCUCUUCGAUCGCUCGGUCGACCUCGCUCAGUUUCCCGAGGACACGCCGCUCUACCCGAUAUGUCGCGCGUGGAUGCGCAACCAGCCCGACAACAAUCGCAUGGUUGCCGCGGCAACGGCCGGGAUUAAGAAGGAGGAGGAGGAUGCGGCGGUGGGGGCGCCGGCUCAGCGGAGCCCCGAGAGAGAAGAGGCGGGAGACGAGGAGGCAGCGUACGUGUAUCGUCUGCCGGCGCCCGUGCCCGUGCUAGCGGACCCCAGCGAGCCGUACAACGUGCACCGCGUGCCGUCGCCGCUUCCGCACUCGCAAGAGGAGCUCGUCAUCAGCAGCGUGAGUAGCACGGUGGCGCCAUCUAUCGGCCGCAUUCGCGACGAAUAA